UGUGGCAGGAACUAAUAAUUCAUAACGGUUUUAAUUUGUCAUAAACGGAUGUUUGUAUCACGCUUGUCGCCGGUUCGACAAGUCCCGUCCCCAAGGGAAGCAGCGGGACAGAGAUAAUAUACCUUAAAGUUUAUUUACGAUGGCGCCUUCUCCUUCUUCUUUAGCAGGGUCUUGCAAGGAUGAUAUUCAGCACAUUUCCAUUCCCUCUGUCAGCAAAAUUAUAAGGCAAAUUUCUACCAGUGGAAUAGCUGUUGCCGUAGCAACUGCAGUCACGCAUCCCAUAGAUGUUUACGGUUCAUGCAAGGUUGAUGGUGGGGGAUCUAGCAACUACCUACACAAUUCAAUCAUAGGAUGUUGUCAAAGUUCGCCUGCAGAUGGAAUACGUUGGCCAGCGAGGUCCACUGACUGGAAUGGCUUGGCACCUGCCCUUUUGAGAUCUUUUGUUUACGGCGGUUUGCGGCUGGGUUUGUAUGAACCAUGCAAGUAUGUCAGUGAUGCUGCUUUUGGGUAUACAGGUAUAAUGACAAAUUUUGCAUCAGGGGCAUUCUCUGGUGCUCUAGCUACCGCUCUGACAAAUCCUACAGAGAUUUUGAAGAUUCGUUUACAAAUGAAAAAGGGAUCUGGAAGCAAAGGAUCAGUUCAUGAAUUGUCUCACAUUGUUGCAACAGAGGGAAUCACUGGUCUUUGGAAAGGGGUGGGUCCGGCAAUGACAAGAGCUGCUGCAUUAACAGCAUCACAACUAGCAACAUAUGAUGAAUCCAAGCAGGUUUUAACACGAUGGACAUCUCUUAAAGAAGGAUUCUUUCUACAUCUCAGUGCAAGUACAAUAGCAGGCAUCAUGGGAACUUUAGCAACCGCACCGAUUGAUACAAUCAAAACUCGACUUAUGAUGCAGAGAGAGUCUGCCCGAAUUGGAAUCUAUAAGAAUGGGUUCCAUUGUGCAUACAAGGUGAUGCUGAGUGAGGGCCUGCAAGGACUUUACAAAGGGGGUACUGCAUUGUUUGCAAGAUUGGGCCCGCAGACUGCAAUUACCUUUCUUGUGUAUGAGAAGAUGCGGGAGUUUACUGGGAUGAAAGCUUUGUGACAUUCUUCUUAAGUAAAAAUUAUUGCUGUAGGCUGGAACAAAAGGCUUGUUGCAUCAAACAUCAACAGUAAGAGUCUAAGUGUCUUUUCUUAAAAUUGGAUAAAACAUAACCUAUUCCUUAUUUUUUAUGUAAUAUUUAUUUCAUCAAUCACAAAGUUCUGUAUUCUUUCCUAGUUCUCCUUCAAGAAGAGACUGAACUAAAUUCGAAUUUCCUUCUUGCGGUAUGGGACAACUUGCCUUUUCUGAAUCAAAUUGUAUCAACUCUUGCCGAGUAGGAUUUGUAACAUUAUAAAUGAAGCAUCAACCUCCAUUAUUAUCA